AUGAGCUUCGCAACGAAACGCCUGUCGAAGGAACUGUCAAAGAUUCACGGCACGCUACCUCCAGGAAUCGAGCUGGUGACGGCGGAAGGCUUCCAGGAAUGGCAACUUGACAUUAAAGUCCUCGACGCAAACCCACUUUACAUGAACAAGGUCUUCCGCCUAAAAUUCAAGUUCAGUCCUCAAUACCCAAUUGAGCCACCAGAAGUAACAUUCAUGCAAACACCCGACCGACCUAUUCCCAUGCACCCACACAUCUACUCCAACGGUAUCAUCUGCCUCGACCUCCUCGGGCAGCAAGGCUGGAGUCCCGUUCAGAACGUAGAGAGCAUAUGCAUGUCCCUACAGAGCAUGCUGACGGGUAAUACGAAGAACGAGAGACCUGAGGGCGACCAGUCUUUUGUUGCAAAUAACAGAAGGAGACCGAGAGAUAUUGAUUUCUAUUACCAUGAUAAUACUGUUUGA